AGCUCUUCUACGCCGCCGUGUGUCCGGGAGCGGCGGCUGAGUAAUGGCGGCGGUGCACGAGCCGGGUAUAACCCCGGGUUCCGUCUCAGAAGCUCUGGUUCCCGCCAGCAUCUUCGCGCCAGACCGGGGAGGAUGUGGAGAGGACGCCGGGGAAGAGUGCUUCGAGGUCGGCGACAUGUUCAACGGCGAGGCCGGGGACCGUGGGGUCGACUUCACGAGCAAGCUGGCCCUGGUUAGUCCAAAUGGAGAACAGUAUGAUUUGUUACUCCGCCAACUGCGAGACAGGAUGGAAGAAGGGUGUGGCGAGACCAUUUAUGUGGUGGGGAUGGGUUCAGAUGGUGGGGACUGGGGUUUAGAUGAGAAGGACAUGGAGGCCUCAGUGGCCACAGUGCACUCUCUGUGUGAGCAGCUGGAUGCAGAUCUUAUCCCCCUGCGGGAGCGCAAUGAAUCUGCUGGCCUGGUACAUGAUUACCUCAUCCGAAGGCGUGUGGGUGAGCUUGACUUCCUGGAGGUCAGGGUGGCGGUGGUGGGGAAUGUGGACGCUGGUAAGAGCACCCUUCUGGGUGUGUUGACCCAUGGCGAGCUGGACAAUGGUAGGGGCUUUGCCCGCCAAAAGCUCUUCAGACACAAACAUGAAAUGGAGAGUGGAAGGACAAGCAGUGUGGGCAAUGACAUUCUGGGUUUCGACCAGGAAGGCCAGGUGGUCAACAAACCAGACAGUCAUGGAGGAAGUCUGGACUGGACCAAGAUUUGUGAGAAGUCCUCCAAGGUCAUCACCUUCAUCGAUCUGGCAGGCCACGAGAAGUACCUCAAGACCACAGUGUUCGGCAUGACCGGACACCUGCCAGAUUUCUGCAUGCUCAUGGUGGGUAGCAAUGCAGGUAUUGUAGGGAUGACCAAAGAGCACCUGGGCUUGGCCUUAGCUCUGAAUGUACCUGUAUUUGUAGUGGUUACCAAAAUAGACAUGUGUCCAGCCAACAUCCUGCAAGAAACACUGAAACUUCUCCAGAGGUUACUGAAGUCCCCCGGCUGUAGGAAGAUCCCCGUUCUUGUACAGAACAAGGAUGACGUCAUUGUCACAGCGUCCAACUUCAGUUCUGAGAGGAUGUGUCCUAUAUUCCAGAUCUCCAAUGUGACGGGGGAGAACAUGGAGCUACUGAAAAUGUUUCUCAACCUACUAUCCUCGAGGACUUCCUACCGAGACGACCAGCCUGCUGAAUUCCAGAUAGAUGACACCUACUCUGUACCGGGAGUGGGUACAGUAGUAUCGGGGACUACUUUACGUGGACUAAUACGUCUGAAUGACACAAUGCUGUUGGGCCCUGACCCCCUGGGCAGCUUCACACCCAUCGCUGUCAAAUCCAUCCACCGCAAGAGGAUGCCUGUCAAGGAAGUGAGAGGGGGUCAGACUGCCUCCUUUGCGCUCAAAAAGAUCAAGCGUUCAUCCAUAAGGAAAGGCAUGGUGAUGGUGUCCCCCAGGCUAAGCCCCCAAGCCACCUGGGAGUUCGAGGCUGAGAUCCUGGUGUUGCACCAUCCCACUACAAUAUCCCCCAGAUACCAGGCCAUGGUCCACUGUGGCAGCAUCAGGCAGACCGCCACCAUCUUGACUAUGAACAGAGACUGCUUACGGACAGGGGACAAGGCCUCAGUCCAUUUCCGCUUCAUUAAGACCCCAGAAUACCUGCACUGUGAUCAAAGGCUGGUGUUCAGAGAGGGACGCACCAAGGCUGUGGGCACCAUCACUAAGUUGCUGCAGUCUACCAACAACAUGCCGUCCAACUCCAAACCUCCACAAAUCAAAAUGCAGUCCACAAAAAAGGGACCACUCCGUAAAGAGGAUGGUGCCACAGCAGCCAAUGAUGAUACGGCGACGAUGGCGCCGACAGCAGGCCCAAACUCUUCACAACCGCCGAGGUCUGGAGGUGGCAGGAGAAGAGGGGGCCAACGGCACAAAGGAAAAAGCCAGAGCAGUAGCACCAACUCCACGGCAGCCCCCUCCUUGUCAGGGACAGGAGGCUGUUGAACUACCUGCCCAUCCCCCCCCCAUCAAGUGUCUUCACUCGAAGAAGGAAACCAGUCUUUGGACCACGACAGAAACAAACGCAUCCCUUGGUCUUUUUCACACGCCUUCCUGUGCAGCAGGCACCAUUACAGCAAGAAUCCCUGCACCAUCAGGGAGGAUGGCAGGGGGACCUCCAUCCAAAACAAAACCGUUUGCUCUCCCUUGCCCAUUUUUUUUCCUUUUUUGCCAGCUGCCUUCACUCUUGUAAAAUGAUGGUCGUUCAGAUCAAGCCUGGUGUUUGUGAACUUAAUUUUCAUCGAGCGUUACAUCAAUGGUGUCACAAAAUCUACAACUCAACUUUCAUCCAACACCACAAGAACAGAAACAAAGGGACCGGCCUUUGGUUUGGAAACACAAGUCCCUCAGCAAUCCUCUUCACUUCAUACAUCACGUCAGUGUAGCUGAACACCAGGUGAAGGGUCCAGUACCGAUAUGAGCAGCUAUGAAUUGAAAUGCAUUCCCUUCGUCUCUGCAGUGGAACACAGUUCCAUGUGAUAUUUAUAUAUUGCAUAUGUAAUAUAGUUAUUAGUUGUGAAUGGAAAGUUGUGUACAAAAAUGUAUGGGAAAAAAAAGAAUGUAGCAGAAGGCAUGCUGUGGUUUUAAAGUUAAUAUAGGAAAAAAAAACUGUCAGAUUUUUUAACUGACCACAAUUAUUUACCAUGAAUGCAGAAAUCCAGUUCUUGGAGAUGGUCUUCAUUCACCCAGCAUCUCACUUGUGCUCUUAUAACACACAGUAGUGUCUCUUAAGCUCCUGCCAUCAGUCGUUCCAUCUACAGAACCUUUUUACAGUAGUAUGAUACAGUAGGUAUGAACAUAGUGCAUCAUGUCUUCACUCCUAACAGUUCAUGAUUGUAAGAAAUUCAGUACUUACAGUGUCCUUUGUAUGUCUAGUUCCUCAUGGGUUGUCUCAUUGCUGUUUACAUGUUGUGGAGAUUUUACCAGUUUGCCUCAGACAUAAUGAGCAUUAUUAAACACUUUAUGAACUUACCUGUGGUGCAUCCUUCCUUCUGGGCACCAUCUUCCUUUUUCCAAUGUAUUAAGAAAUAAACAGC